AUGUCGUCGAGCAGCCGGAGGUCACGCACGCGGCGCGCCGGGAGCUCGCCGUCCAUCUCAGAGGAGCAGAUCUCCGAGCUGCUGUCCAAGCUGCAGGCGCUGCUCCCGGAGUCUCAAGCUCGCAAUGGCGCUCACAGGGGUUCCGCGGCGAUGGUGCUGCAGGCGACGUGCAACUACAUCCGGAGCCUGCACCGGGAGGUGGAAGACCUGAGCGAGACGCUCGCGGCGCUGCUCGCCUCCGACACCGUCACCGCCGAGCAGGCCGCCGUCAUCAGGAGCCUCCUCACGUGA